AUGAGUGAGCCUUCCCGCACUCUCGUACCCAUCCUCCAGGCAGUCGCAAUCAUUGCGCCAGCCGUAUACACAGGCUUCACUUUCGCAUACAGCCAUGUCGUCAUGCCGCCCCUCAUCACGCAUGCCCCGCCAAAACUCCUAGCCAAACAGUGGCUUCAAGCCUACCAGUUCGCACCCAUCUUUGUCGCCCCCCUCAUCUUGACAGGCACUUCGAGUACUGCUUUCCUCGCCUAUAUUUCCAAAAGCUCUUCUUGUUCGGCGACAGUACUGUAUGUUGUCGCUGCACUGGCGAAUGCUAGUAUCAUCCCGUAUACGGCGCUGUACAUGGAGCCUGGAGUGAACGGUGCAGGGAAGUGGAAAGUGCAGGAGAUAUUGAAUGAAGAGGGAGUUGUGUUGAAGAGGUCUGGGCAGGGAACUGAUACACAUACGGCGAGUGAGGCGGCAAAGAAGUGGGCUGAGAAAGUGGAUAUGAAGACUAUUGCUGAGACAUGGGUGAGAACGAAUGCGUGGCGAUAUAUCAUUACCGCAAUCGCCACCCUAGCCAGUGCAACUGCCUCCGUUGUGAAAAGCUAG